AAAUAAUGUAAUAGCGGGAAGAAUAAUUUACACUUUAUAAGUUACUUAAUGUAGAACCAAAAGCAACACAGAAUGAAAUAGUAUUAAGUUAAUUCUAUUUUUAGAAAAAAUCAUAUAGAUAAUUAGCUUUGCAAUUACAUCCAGAUAAGAAUCAAUAAGAUGUAAAUGCAAAGGAGAAAUUUCAGAAAAUAUCUGAAGCUUAUUAAAUUCUUUCAAAUGAUGAAAAGAGAAAAAUGUAUGAUGAAACUGGAAUGAUAGAGGGAAUGGAUGAAUUUAAAAAUGCAUAUGAAUUUUAUAGAAAUUUAUAUCCUAAAAUAAGUAAAGAGGAUAUUGAUAAAUAUGAAUUGAAGUAUAGAUUUAGUAAAGAAGAAGAGAAUGACUUGAUUUAAUUUUAUAAUAAGUAAAUAAAUUAGAAUAUAUUUUUUAGGAAUAAAGGUAAUGUAAAGUGUUUGUUAGAGAAUAUAAUAUUGAGUAAGAAUGAAGAUAUACCUCGUUUUUAAGAGUUUUAUGAUAGAAUGAUAAAAGAGAAAUAGAUAGGAGAUUAUAAGAUAUAUUGGAGUAGUAGAAAUAAAAUAAAGACAUUAAGGGAAGAUCCAGAAGUAUAGAAGAUUGAUAUGGAUCAAUUGACAAAAUAGAUAAGAUAGAGACCAAAGAAUACAUUUGAUUAAUUUAUUUAAUAAAUGGAAGAGAAAUAUUAGAAGCCAAAGAAGGUAAAGAGUUCAAAAAAAUGAUUAAUAUAUUUAAU